AUGAAGGUGCCAGGUAUCUCCCUUCUCGUCUUCCUUGCGUGCACUGCUUCCAUCAGUGCCCUCUCAACGUUGCCUUCGGGCACCCUCGUGGUGAGCAAAUCGCCCAGUCCAGGGCAGUACGAAUCGAUCAUGAAAGCUGUCAAAGCAUUGUCAACAACAAGCACCGCCAAGCAGACAAUUUACAUCAAAAAAGGCGAAUACAAAGAACAAGUCGUCAUUCCGCUCCUUCGCUCACCGCUCUCCAUCUACGGAGAGACGAGCACGCCGCUGACGUACAAAGGCAACACGGUCAACAUCAAGCACAGCGCUGGUCAGUCCGACGGGUUUAAUAACGAUCAGACGGGCACGCUUCGCGUCUUGACGCCAAACUUUUCCCUCUACAACGUCAACGUAUACAAUCAGAAGGGCAAAGGAACUCAAGCCGUCGCCUUGAGCGCUCAAAAGGAGAACCAGGGCUACUACGGCGUCUCCAUUAUCGGCUACCAGGACACGCUCCUGGCUCAGAAGGGUGCUCAGUUCUACGCCAAGAGCUACAUCGAAGGCGCCGUUGAUUUCAUGUUCGGCGACGCCAGGGCUGUGUUCUACGACUGCGAUAUUGGCGUUUCGGCCGGCGGAGGUUACGUCCUUGCCAACGGACGCAACACUUCUGACCUGACAUCCUUGUUCCUCGUCGACAAGUGCCGCAUUCAUGCCGCCGAGAAGCAUUCGGUCGAAGAGAAAACCGUGUAUCUUGGUCGUCCUUGGGGAACCCACUCGACGGCCCUCGUGCAGAGAACAGACCUUGGCAAAAUCAUCAACCCCAAGGGCUGGAGUGAGUGGAGCAAGACCGAUCAGCACACGGACAACGCCAUACUGGCCGAGCUUGACAACACAGGCGAAGGCGCUUCGGGCGAGAGGGCUUCUUUUGCCAAGAAGCUUAGAUCAUAUGUGCCCUUUGAGACUGUACUGGGUCCUUCUUAUAGGGACUGGGUAGACAGCGCUUACGUCGCCAGCUAGAUGGGAGCAGACACGGCCA